AAAAUUUUGAACAUUCUCUUUGCUAACCCAAAAAAAAAAAAAAACUUCAAUGAAAGACGCUUACGAGGGGAAUGGAAGUUUGGAUUUGAGGGGGCCGCCUUUCCCAGAUCCACAUCUGAUAAGAAACCCUGUGUCCUAUGCAACAAUGGAUCAGAAACUGUUGAGCACCUCUUCUUUAACUUGUGUUACGCAUGGGGAAACGAAUAGGAAGAAAGUCUUUGUAUCAGACACUCUUCAAGUUAAUGCGGAAUGCUGCAGUCUACCAUGUUUGGAUGGAAAGGAACAGGAGAAUCCACCAACAUAUCUACAAGACAGCAGAUGUACGCUGACUCGUAGAGAGCCUCCGAUGGCAAAUGAGUUGUAUUUAUGGAGGGGAAGACCAGGUGGAGAAGAGCGAUGCAGAGCGAUUGACCUUCAUUCGAUCGACAACGGUAGUCAACAUCGGGCGUUUUACUUUAAAAUCGUGGGAAGACUUGUAUCUGGGGAGAGAAAUAGAGGCGCGCGACCCGACAAUCUUGAUGAGGUUGGCCUAUCGAUUCACUAUUUGCAAACACCGCUGUCAAGAAGAUGGAAGCCAAGUGAAUCAUCUGUUGUGUCUCCCAAUAGUCUUUAUUCAUGUGAGUGCUGGCCAUGUUUCUUUGAUGUUGGGGAUUGGUGACAAUAAGGAAUGGAAGACUGGAGCUUAUUUUGCCCAUGCAUACCAGGUGUUUGGUCAAAUGCUUGUGUGGGGAUGUGGGUUCUACAAUAUGUGCAGAGGUUGUACACAGUAGGACUGAUCGCUUACAUAUUUUCAGAUUGAUGAUCUUUGUAUAUGCAAUGCAUGUUAGAGUUGUACCAUCCUAAAUAAAGUAUUAUCAUUGUC